AGUUGCAGUUAAAUUGCUGAAAAGGCGGUGCUUUCUCUCUCAUUCCACGUCUCACUCUCACUCUCACACCACGUAUUCCUCUUUUCCCACGCCACCUUCCUUGCUUCUUUUUUGAACGUUGCUUCUUUCUGUCACCACAUACCACCGCUUACUUUUCACUUUUUUCUCUCCCAAUCUGCCGCCGUCCAUAUCUCCGAUCACUUGUUUAACAUGAGUACCACAAUCAAAACAAGUUUACUCGCCUUGUUUCUGCUGUUCAUUCUGUCACCGACCGCAUUUUCAUCCACUAACGGUGGAUUGCUUCGAGUCGGUCUUAAAAAAAGGAAGACGAACCAAUUCAACCGGGUUAGCGAACACGGUUUGUCCAUGGAAGGAACCGAUAGAAGAAACUUUGGCUUCUACGAUACUCUGAGGAAUUCAGAGGGUGAUGUUAUCGUGCUAAAGAAUUACAUGGACGCUCAGUAUUUCGGUGAGAUUGGUAUCGGCACUCCACCUCAAAAGUUCACUGUGGUUUUCGAUACCGGGAGUGCUAAUUUAUGGGUGCCUUCUUCAAAGUGCUUCCUUUCAGUAGCUUGCCUUUUUCACCAGAAGUAUAAAGCUAGCCGUUCAAGUACCUACAAGAAGAAUGGUACAGCUGCUGCCAUUCAGUAUGGAACUGGAGCAAUCUCUGGUGUUUUUAGCCGAGACUCUGUCAAACUCGGUGAUCUGGUCGUUAAAGAGCAGGAUUUUAUAGAGGCAACCAGAGAGCCCGGAAUCACUUUCUUGGCAGCCAAGUUUGACGGUAUACUCGGGCUCGGAUAUCAGGAUAUAUCUGUAGGGAAAGCUGUACCCGUUUGGUACAACAUGGUUAAUCAAGGUCUUGUUCAAGAACCGGUGUUUUCCUUUUGGUUUAAUCGCCACGCUGGUGAGGAAGAAGGGGGUGAACUUGUGUUUGGUGGGGUUGAUCCUAAUCACUUCAAGGGUAAGCACACGUAUGUCCCGGUGACCCAAAAGGGCUAUUGGCAGUUCGAUAUGGGUGACGUUCUUAUUGGAGAUAAAACUACUGGAUUUUGCAGCGGUGGCUGUGCAGCAAUUGCCGACUCUGGAACCUCUUUGUUAGCAGGUCCAACGACCAUCAUCACUCAAAUCAAUCACGCAAUCGGUGCUGCGGGAGUAAUGAGCCAGCAAUGCAAGACAUUGGUUGAUCAGUACGGAAAGACUAUAAUCGAAAUGCUCUUAUCUGAGGCGCAACCUGAUAAAAUCUGUUCUCAAAUGAAUUUAUGCACUUUUGACGGUUCGCGAGAUGUUAGUUCAAUAAUCGAGAGUGUGGUUGACAAGAAUAAUGGGAAGUCUUCUGCUGGAUUAAAUGACGGGAUUUGUGCAUUCUGUGAGAUGGCUGUUGUUUGGAUGCAAAGCCAACUUAAACGAAACCAGACUGAAGAUAGCAUAAUUAAUUAUGUCAAUGAGUUGUGUGAUCGAAUACCCAGUCCAAUGGGAGAAUCUGCAGUGGAUUGCCAGACUCUUUCCAACAUGCCUAAUAUCGCCUUUACUAUUGGCGGUAAAACUUUUGAUCUCACCCCAGAACAGUACAUUCUCAAAGUCGGUGAGGGAGAAGUUGCCCAAUGCAUCAGUGGUUUCACUGCUUUGGAUGUCGCCCCUCCUCAUGGACCUCUUUGGAUCCUUGGAGAUGUUUUUAUGGGUCAAUAUCACACGGUGUUUGAUUUUGGUAAGUCACGCGUUGGAUUUGCUGAGGCAGCUUGAGCGAGACCUAUCCGUCCUAAGGCUAUCGGUAAUGUUUUUCUUUGCGUAGAUACUCCACUUGAAAAAAAAAAGUUUGAACGGAAUCAUAAAUGUCGUAUGUAAGAUUGUAAGAACUUGUGGUGGUAAAAAAACGUGUUUGAUGGUGUGUAUGUUAUUCUACUUGCGCAUUAA